UUUUUAUUGAAAAUGAAUGUCGUGAUGAAGAUCGUUUCCAUUGCCUGCUUCUUCCUGUUGCACGUACACGCUCAGGAGGAAUUUGAUUAUUUUGGCACUGCAUAUAGAGCAUUCGAUGACCAGUAUAUUGGUUGCCGAGAUGAAAUGGACCGCAAAAUGCAGAAAGACAACAUGAUAGAAAUGGAAAAAAUAAAAAAUAAAGAUUUCAAAAUUGCAUGGGAAGAAGCUGAAUACAUGUGGAAAAAUGUGAAGAAAGAUCAGGUUAUUUCAGUUCUUCCAAGAGGAUUCCAUGAUCUUCAUGGGACGGCCAUAGUAGCUUACACAGGUUUUAUUGGUGAUGAUUUUAAUAAUGCUUUGAAAUUAGCUGGCGAAUCCCGUGAUUAUUACAUAAAGAACUUCCAUUAUAAAUCCUUACAUUUCUACUUGACAGUUGGGAUGGAGCUUUUAUCGAAUAGGUGUAAGACAUUUAAUGAGACUGUUUACAAAAUAAUAGAUGAGUUUCCAUCUUACGUCACAUACCCUAUAAAGUUUGGACACUUUUUGUCGACAACAUAUAAACUAUAUGGCAAUUAUUCAUUUCUUACUAUCAUUACUCAAUGUGGUGUUAAAAUAGACAAAUUCUCACAGUAUCCAGAAGAAAUGGAAGUUCUGGUUCCAGGGUAUGAGAUGUUCGAAAUAUCAGAUUAUGCAGAAGAAUACCAAAGGAUUGUACUGACCAGCAUCCAAAAAAGCUGUAGCAAUUAUAAUUGUGCAUAUAUUGGAGGUAGGCUAUUUUUAUCUUGA